AUGACAGUUCUUGUAAAAAAUACGCAACGUUUCUUGCCGAUACCCAAGACCCUCAAACGUGAUUUAGAGAAACUCUUAACAUUAGCAAGAUUUCCAGACUGGGAUUUAGGCGUACAUUUGGCAGGAAACCGAUAUAUAAGGCAUCUGAACAAUCGAUAUCGAAAUAAAGCAAAACCUACUGAUAUACUUUCUUUUCCUUUUACUACAGUAUUUUCCGUUUUCUUCUUUAAUGCACUUUCCCCAGGUAUUUUACCACACCCCGAAACACCAGAUUUCCGAAAUCUCGGUGACUUGGUAAUAUCCGUAGAGUACGUGAAACAUUGGUGCAAAAAACAUGAUCAAAAAUUCCAGAAACGUCUGCCGGUUUUGUGUGUGCAUGGAAUAUGUCAUUUGCUGGGGUACGAUCAUGAAACGGAUGUUGAAUGGGAAGAGAUGAAGUUACGAGAAGAAGAGAUACUAGAUCGAUUUUGGGCAUGGAAAUAUAAUUAA